UCUCGUCGGUUCCGCAGCACCGAGGCCGAUUGGGCGACCAACACUCUCGUUCUCAAAACGAAGUGUGGACAGACGUAUCGCGUGCCUUUCAUAGGUACCACUGCGACACCACGCCCCGAUCCUCCUCCCUCGGAGCCUUCCGUGCCCACACCAUCUCCUUCUAUCACUGUCACUUCGCCUUAGCAGUUCGCCCACUUCAUCCGACAGGAUGAUGUCACCUUCUUUAUGGUGAACGUGAAGGAUCUCUUACACUAUGAUCCACCCUGUCCCGACGUCGAGCUCAUCCCUCUGGAGCCAGAUCCUCCUUCUAUCUCCAUGGCUCCCAUCUCCACAUCCCAACCUCCGCCGUCCGUCGAGUCCACCCCCCCGUCGUGCGCUGACGCUGACGCUGAGGAACUCGCACGUUAUACGGCUGACCUGGAGCCCGUCGUUCGUGACCUCAUCCGAGAGUACCACGACGUCUUCCCAUCGUCGUUCUCGUACGCCGGCAUCCCACCGAUGAGCGACGUCAAACACUCCAUCCAGCUCGUGCCUGACUAUCGAGUUCACCACCAGGCACCCUACAGACUCUCCAUCCCCGAGGCCACUGAACUCGAGCGUCAGCUUGAGGAGCUCCUGAGACUGGGUGAUUGUCCGAUAGCCUUCUACUCCCGUCAGCUCCUGCCCGCCGAGAUAAACUACACUGCUGAUGAACGUGAGGUUCUCGCAGUAGUUUAUGUCGCUCGGCACUGGCGUCACUACCUGCACGGGGCACCGUUCACGGUGCGUACGGACAACUCUGUUGUCCAGGCUUUCCUGACAAAACCGAAGCUCACUCCUCGACAGGCUUCCUGGUGGCGCGACCUAUCCGAGUUUAGUUUCACCACUGAGCACAUCAAGGGUGAGACUAAUCGGGUCGCCGAUGCCUUAUCCCGGCGCCCUGACCACGACCAGGAGCUGAUCCAGCUCUCUUCCAUCUCGGUCACCACCGUCCACCACUCGGUGACCGACGAGUUUCGCACUCAGUACCGCCACUCCCCCGACUAUCGCGACAUCCACGCGACCCUUCGGAGUGGCAAGACCGUCCCGAACUACUCUCUCGGGGACAACAAUCUUGUGUACUGGCACGGUUCACAGGGCACCAGAGAGCCCCGUAUUUGCGUUCCCUCCACUGGACAGCUACGUGUCCGAGCAGUAGCAGAGUUUCAUGACCAGGCAGCCGCUGGUCAUAUGGGCUUCCACAAGACGUUGGCUCGUGUGAGCAGCCUGUACGUCUGGCCGAAGCGCAAGGACUUUGUGAAGGACUACGUCGCAGAGUGUCCCACCUGUCAGGAGGUGAACAGUGCGAACCACCUGCCUUAUGGUUUGCUCCAGCCUCUUCCUAUCCCUGAGGGUCGUUGGCAGUCCAUCUCGAUGGACUUUAUCAGUCCUCUUCGACCUCAGACCCCCCGCGGUUAUGAUGCUAUCAUGGUCGUCGUCGACCGCUUCACAAAGCGUGCACGCUUUGUUCCGUGCCGCUAUGCCAUCAGUGCACGUGAGGUCGCCGACAUCGUGUUUGACCGAGUCGUGCGUGAACACGACUUACCUCUGAGUAUCAUAUCUGACCGUGACCCGUGCUUUACCAGCCGAUUCUCGCGACGGCUCCACGAGGUGUACGGCACUCAGCUCCGCUUCUCCUCGACUCUCGGAGAUAUUCUCCGAAAGAUCGUUCGUGACGACCAGCAGUGGGAUCUCCAUCUUGCCCACGCGGAGAUAGCCUACAACCACGCYGUCUCGCCAGCCACGGGGAUGUCGCCUUACUAUUGCGACCUYUGCUAUCACCCUCGUGUUCCCGCGGACUUCCUUCGACYGUCMCAGMUGCACCCCGACACGAGUUGUCCCGCGCUGGAUGAUUGGGUUGCACACAUGACGUCGAUCAUGAAGACCGCACAUGAGCACAUAGCCGCUUCCCAGACUCGCAUGGCAGCACGUGCGAACCGAUCGAGAAUGGAUCAUCCAUUCAAAGUCGGUGAUGAUGUGCUUAUCGACGCCCGCCACUUACAGCUCGACGCGGACACACUUCACAAGUUUCGGCGUCGCUUCUUUGGCCCAUGCCGCAUCCUCCAGGCCGUCGGUUCUGAUACGGCUUCUAGCCCGGUCAGUUUCCGUGUGAAGUUGCCCGAUUACCUACGCCAGGCUCGUGUGCACGAUGUCUACCACGUCUCGUUACUGCGUCCUUACCGCAGACCGUCUGAGCGCUUCGCUGGACGACCAUACGAGCGUCCUCCACCCAUCAUGGUGGAUGGCCACGAGGAGUUUCUCGUUUCAUACAUCAUUGGUCGUCGAGCCACCGACGACAACCCUCCCCACGUCGAGUAUCUCGUACGUUGGAAGGGUUACCCUGAUGAGGAGGUUACCUGGGAGGCCCUCGAGCACUUGCAGCACGCUCGCAUGUUGGUGUGUGCCUAUGACCGUGCUCGUCGUGCUGGGUUCACUGCUCCUCCUCAGCCCACUGACCCUCCUCCUUCUCCCCCGGCUGAGGAGACCGCUGAAGUCGAGCCUGCUCCAUCUGAGGCUGACCUUCAGCAGCAGCCGGAUGCUUUUGAGCGUCCACAGCGCACUCGUCGUUGUCCUGCUCAAUACGACGAUUGACUAUGACUUACCUUCCCACGUCUUUGACUUCUCAGUACUCCAUCCACUCCAGUUUUGCUACUUCAGC